GCUGUGUGCUAGCUGGUAGAUAACUUAAGGACAUUAUCUUACUACAUGUUUUGAUUAGUAUUGUUACUUAAAGAGAUUGGCAUCACUUUUUUCUUGGGAAACACUUGAUUCAAAUGUAUUCAGCGACAUUCUUGGUGCUAGUAUCAGCUAACUCUCUAACCCUGCGGAGACCUUGUUUACUGGAGAUGUUCGUUCAUGCUGUGGCUCCAACAGGUACGGCUGGAUGGACGAGUCUACCGUUGUUGACAUCUGGCUCUGAGAUGUUUUCACCAAGACAAUGAACCACAUUCCAGAUGUUAGGCUGAGGAAGAGGAGGGUACAGCUGCUGGACUGUCUCUGAAGGAGAACCUAAGGACCUGAAGUUGGACCCGGUGCUGUUGGACAUGUUAAGACAUUAGCAGGGAGAAUGAGAGGAACAACAUCUGGAAGCUUUCCUGGUUUUGGAAGCGCAGCCACAGAACAUGGCUUCUAACUUUUAACUGCUGGGAGAUGGAAAGAAACCACCGCAGACUGGGAACAACUAAAACCGGGGACAGGGAACACGUCCGAGUCUAAAAUACAUAGAGGGAUGUGAACGUCUCAAAGGAAGCCAAGGAGACAAGGGAGUAGAUAAAGACAGACAGAUAUGAAGCAAAAUCAGAAUCAAAGGUUGCUUGUUUUUCACUCUGACCAACACAUAGAGAGACGGACAAUCCCUCCUCCUCUGUGUAUUCAGGUCUCGGAGGGGCAGGACUCGGCUGUGAGGGGCAGGACUCAGCUGUCAGACCUCGGUGCGUCCCACAGAGCCAACAGAGGGAGUUCAGGGAGGAGGAAACCUGACGUCUGUUUUUCUUCCAACGGAGAUGAGACUGAAGAUGAGGGGCUGCUGAGACGACAGACAUGGACAAACAGAAAGUUCUGGUGAAGCUGAUCUGGGAUCUGCAGACGUUCCUGUCGGUUCUCGACUCGGAGAACCUGAGCUACAUCGCUCAGGCGCAGAAGAAGUCGAUCUCAGAGCUGCUGUCCAAACUGCAGACGCCCGACGCUCCAGUGGAAGAUGCUGAGUACAUGGUGAUGAGCUGUCCAUCGAUGUCGCUAGGCAACGAGCUGGAUGACUCACCUGGGACAGAUGCAGUUUGGUCGUCAGAGCUGAUCUCACAUCAGGACCCGUCGGACUGGAUGAAGAGCGGGGGCCCCACCGUCCCUCCUCAUCCUCCAGGUGGGCUUGGCGGUGACGAUGAAGAGGACACGUAUGAGGAAGCAGAACCUUAUGUAGCGUCUGAAACCAACACAGAGAGGCCGGAGUCAGAGAGCAGUCACUACGAGUCGUACGGUGAGGAAGACGAUGAUGAGGAUGAAGGAGGCGGUCUUGUGAAGGACAGAGCUCACUACAUCCAGUGGAGCACCUCCCAGAUCAGUCUGCGGCCCACGCCGGAGUCCCGGCUCUGUGGGUACCUGUGGAGGAGGAAGUGGCUCGGACAGUGGAGCAAGCAGCUCUUCAUCAUCAAGAAUGACAUGCUGCUGUGCUAUAAAUUUGCUCGGGAUCUGCUGCCCCAGCUGGAGUUGAACCUUCACGGCUGUCAGAUUGUCUACAAGUCGAAGAGCAGCGCUAAGAUCCAGCACCAGCUCAAACUGGUCCCAGUGGGCUCUGAGUCUCUGGUUCUGGGCUACAGCAGCUUCCAGCAGGCGGAUGAGUGGAGGAAGGUGAUAGAGGAGGUGAGCGCUGGAGGUGAAGUGGAGUCUCAGAGCUUCUCCUCUCUGAGUAAAUCUGAUCUGCGACUGUCCUGCAGGUCCAGUGCAGUUCUUACUGACUCUGAUGAGGAGAAACCUUCAACUUACUGCAGCCUCAACAGAGACAAAGGGUUCCUGAACGUCCUGAUGAACUGCCAGUGGCAGAGUUUACAGUGUCAGGUGGAGGACGGCGUCCUCAACAUGUUCGGAGAGGAGAUGGAGAAAGACGAGGAGGAAGAGGUGAAGCGGUCGCCUCAGUACACGGUCCAGCUCCGAGGCUGUGAGGUCAGAGACGACCCAGACCGCUCCUACAGGAUCACACUGAGCAUGCUCGGUGACCAGGUGGCUGUGCUGGAGGUGAGCUCAUUGGAGGAAAAAGAAAAUUGGCUGAAGCUGCUGCAGGACGGAGCUGCCAGUCGUGGUUACCAUGACAACAAGACUCAAGAGAACACAGGUGGCGCCCUCAGCGGGCUGCAAACGCGCCGGUUCCCAACCUCCAACGCCUACAUGGACGACCCGUUCUGCCUUACCAGAACCACCAGCAGCCAGCCCCUCUACUCCAACGCCGCUCCACAGAAAGCCCUGGGCCACGGCUCUCAGGAUUCAGUUCACCGUAACUCGGUGUCGUCCAGAGAAUCAGUGACCUACAGCAACACGGUGCUGAGCAGCAGCAGCCGGAUGGCGCCGGCGGUGCAGCGCGACGUCCAGAAGCUGAAGCUGGUCGACACGCCGGCGGUGCAGCUGAGAACCGGGUCUGAAACCAACCUGGCGCCUGCUGUGAAGCGAAACAAGCGCACCUCCUUCAGGCAGUCUCUGGCCAUCUGCACUGAGCGCGCUCAGGCGGGCUUCCUGAACCCUCUGCUGCGGCGGACGGCCUCGGCCAAGAACUCGCUGAGACGAGCUCCUUCUGCGCUCUUCAUCGAACACGGGAAGGUUUUCCAGAGGAAGAAGGAAUGGGAGACCAAAGCUGCUGCCUGACGUUUUCCUCCUCAUCAGCAUCCAUCAGGCCUGCAGGCGGCGGAGAAGCUCUGCUCUGAUUGGCUGCUUGGACUCUAAUAAUUCAGACUGGUUAAAGGUGACCAACUGGGCCAACUGGGCCGACUGGACCAACUGGGCCGACUGGACCAACUGGGCCGACUGGACCGACUGGGCCAACUGGGCCGACUGGACCAACUGGGCCAACUGGGCCAACUGGGCCGACUGGACCAACUGGGCCAACUGGGCCGACUGGACCAACUGGGCCAACUGGGCCAACUGGGCCGACUGGACCAACUGGGCCAACUGGGCCAACUGGGCCGACUGGACCAACUGGGCCAACUGGGCCAACUGGGCCGACUGGACCAACUGGGCCAACUGGACCAACUGGCUCACUGUUUAUUAUAAUCAAGAACAAAAUAACUUUCCAUGAUUCAUUUCUCCUGGGUCCAGUUAAGUUUUUAUUUGUCUGAACUGCUGGUUCUGGACUCAAUCUGCUCCUGUAACACGCGGUCCAGCGCCUGGCCCUUUAAGGCUGCCGUCCGCCUGCUUCUGAUUGGCUGUUAAGGGGUGGGAACAUACGGCCAUAUAAGGACAUGCCAAAGUUGGAAAAGUUGCCUAAUUAGAGAUUAAUUGAGGUCAGUUUACUCUUGAAUUAAAGCAGGGAAAUGCCCACAGCCUCAAACUACCAGGGGCCCGGGGUGCCAGAGGCCCGGGGUGCCAGGGGCCCACGGUGCCAGGGGCCCGGGGUGCCAAGACAAACAAAUUUAUCAUAAUUAUAAUAGUUAGACAGGAGCUAACUAUUUAUUCAGAAGUAAAUAAAAAGCAUUGGAACAUCAUGUUAUUAUUAGUGAUUUACUAAAGUUUAUUUAAAAAAUAAUUUGAAUCACUGAUGAAGAUCAACGAUGGAAAAUUUAUCUCCAUAAAUAUUUUAUAUAAAGACACAAGUAUGCUUGUUAUGGUAAAGUAGGAUAUGAAACAUGAUCACUUUUAUGUACUGUAAAAAACACAACCACCUGCAGUCAUUUACUGGAUGAACGAAGUCGGUGUGUUUUUGGGGCCUGUUUCGCCCCGGGCCCCAGAAUCACUAGAUCUGCCCCUGGGGACCAAAAUGUGGAGCCACAACUUUAGAAAUGUGUCAGAAAAUUGCCAAAAUACAGAAUAUAAGAACAUGAAAAGGAAAGUAGUGACAUUUUGUUGAAAAACAACAGAAUCUCUGAGCAACAACAACAACAAACAAAACAAACCAAAAAAAAACUUUUGGUUGUUUUUGUUGCUCUGGAAUAUGUUUUUAAGUUUUGUUUUUCAGUUAACGAGUUUCCUAACAGAAGAAACAAUCAAAUAACCAGAUAAUUAAUUUAUGUAGGACUAAUAUGAUGUUUUAAUUAACAGCAAAAAAACCCUAAAAAUUCCUUUUAAACUUUGUGUUGUUAGUUUAUAAGAUUCUUCCAGGACCAGAACCGAUGACCCGGUUCUGGAUCUUCAUAAACAUUGAUCCGUUUUACCGGAAGCAGCUGAUUGGAGCUUUUUCUCAGGUUCUGUGAUGAGUUCAGGUGUUGCAGGAAAACCAGGAGAACAGAAACUCAAACCAUUUAUCGAAUCUUUUCUGAACAUUUUCAAGAUACAAAGUUUGUAGAAAACUUGAUUUUAUGAACUGUUUAAUGUUUAACUGUCCCUGAAAAGAAAACAGCUCAGCGUCCAGGAGGAACGUCAUCUGGUUGCCAUGGAAACCCGCUUCCGGGAUGGAAAUCGUUUGGCUCACAGCUGCCAUUAAAAACAGGAAAACAGAAAAUCAGGGUUUCUGAUGUAGCUGCAGUGACCAGUGGUGGCCACCGGGGGCGCCAGAGUCCGGAGACUUUAACGUUAAAGCAUUUCCUGCUGUUUAGUUUUCAUGUUUUAUUUUUCAUUUCUCAGGCAGAAUCGCUGAUCUUCUCUGUUCUUAUUUUAAUAAAUAUUGUAACUAUUUUCAUUAUGUACUGAUCAGCACAAUGUAAUAACUGACUGAUUUAUAUUUACCAGGAAGAAAUCAUUUUUUAUAUUUACUGUUCUUUAUACUCAGGAGAAAGUUUCUGUUUGAGCAAACACUGAUCUGUAAAAAUUAAAAUCUGAGUGGACAAUAUUCGUCUGUGGAGUUUUUAUUUAGUUUAAAGUUCCACAAUCAAACAUUAACAGAAAUGAUUUGAGUUAUUUAGUCAUAAAGAUGAAACAAAAGAAGAAGAGAAGUGAUGGAAACGCCGUGAGUUCAUAUU